UCCGGUUCUAUAAAAUUUCAAAAGCUUCAAGGCCUAAUACCGCAAAUUCUUGAGCAAGACGUAGGAAAAGGCCAAGGAGGAGAAGCGGCGCAAUAGCUAGCUACUAGGGUUUUUCUCUCGCUUCUGCAACUUCCUCCGGUAUUAUUGACACCAUGUCUCGUGUGUACGUGGGUAACUUGGACCCCCGCGUUACUGAGCGUGAUCUUGAAGAUGAGUUUCGCAGAUUUGGAGUUAUAAGAAGUGUAUGGGUUGCUCGGAGGCCACCAGGUUAUGCAUUUAUUGACUUUGAUGAUAAAAGGGAUGCAGAGGAUGCAAUUCAUGAAUUAGAUGGUAAAAAUGGUUGGAGAGUUGAGCUUUCUCACAACUCUAGAGGUGGUGGUGGCGGCCGUGGAGGGGGUCGCGGUCGUUCUGGCGGUUCUGACUUGAAGUGUUACGAGUGUGGUGAACCUGGACAUUUUGCUCGUGAAUGCCGUUUGCGCGUUGGUGGUGGUGGUGGUGGUGGUGGUGGUGGUGGUGGAAGACGACGUAGCCGCAGCCCUAGAUAUCGCAGGAGUCCAAGCUAUGGUAGAAGGAGCUACAGCCCCCGUGGACGAUCCCCUAAACGCCGCAGCCUUUCACCUCAUGGUCGUGGCUAUAGCAGGUCUCCACCAUACCGUGGUCGUGAGGAGUUGCCAUAUGCUAAUGGAAAUAGUACAAGGGAUCGACGCCGAAGCAGGAGCUGAUUUGCAACCUCAGUAUAAAUGGCUUUGAUGGAUGCUAAGAUUAAGUGUGUUUAUUGUGUUUGGACUUCAGUACGACUAUGUUUUAAAUGGGCAACGCCCUCAGCCUCUUGGAUUUGGAUAAGUUUAUUAUACUUAUUACUAUGUUGGUUGCUUUUCUAAAGGUAUGCAGGAUAGUUUUAGGACUUUUGCUGGCAGGUGUUUCUAUAGGUAUUUAUUAUGUGUUUAUUGAGACAGUUUGUCCCUAAGACUGGUGCUAAAAAAUUUAUGCUUUUCUUUU